AUGGAACAAAGGCGCAGACACGCAAAAUCGCACCCUACUGAUGGCGGUAGCAGCAGCAGCAGUGGCGGGGACUCAGACGGCGGAAGCCCCGGGUCCCCGUCCGGGAGCCAGCAAGGCCCGUCGUCCUCGGGCAACGCGUUCGCCAACGACGGCAGCUUUAUGGAGAUGUUCAAGAAGAAGAUGGAGGAGGAAAUGAGGAAAAAGGCGCAGGGGACAGAUGGAGAGCAAGGACAUACGAAGCCCCCUCCCGUCACUAGCUUUGUGGGGAAGCGCAGAGGCGGUGUGUUCCUUAAGACCGGUAUGGUUGCCAAGAAGCAAAAACAGGACACAGAGACUACGCCCGGCAAGAGUGACGCUUGGUCAAAGUACAUGGCGGAGGUGAAAAAGUACAAAGCGCACCAGUGCGGCGAUGACGAUAAGACCAGGCCGCUGGUCAAGUAGAUAUGGAAUCACAGAAGAAACCAUUGCCUUUUUUUUUUUCCAUCUCCUUUCCUGAAAGUUUCCCCUUUUUUGUAUUUUUGCGCCUUUUGAUUUGUUUUGACGCUGUUCAUAUUUUCCUCUGUAAUGCUUUGAAAACUUGGCAAAAAUGAUUUAGUUCUUUUUGGUCAUAAGAUAAAAAAAUCUACACUGCCUGAUCA